AAUUUUGUCACCGAGGGGGAGAGUGGUUGUCUGAUUUUUCAGAAAAUAAUUAUUUAAAACUCUAAUCAGUUAUUUACGAAAUAAGGAAUAUAUUGAAAACAAACAGCUAGACAAAUCUUACUAGAGACUCUCUUAAAAUGGUUAUCUAGCCGCAUAACCUCGGGCCGACGUAGAGUUAUGUGUUAGGUUUGUGAUAAUUUUGUUGAAAAAUAGUGAAAAUGAGUGAGCAAGUAGAAUUUGUUGACAUCCUGGAGCCGAGGAGGACGCAGUCAGGCAUCUUCAGUUUCAUGACGAGGAACUGGCAUCCGCAACGUACUCUGAAAUUGGAUAAAUACUUCACGCCGCAAGAGCUAAAGGAUAUCGCUGCAAAUUCUGUAUAUUUAGACGCUUUUAUAGAAGCAGAAUGUUCCAGAAGUGGUAAGAGCAAAGAGAAGCUGCACCAGGAAGUGCACAACUACUUGGAGGAGAUGGGCCUGGAUAAGAAGAUGCACGUCAUCCGGUGGAUGGGAGUCAUAUUCCUCAAGAUAUCAUUCAUGAUGAAGAUUAAGAUGUUUGUGAAUGAAGCUGCAGCUUUUAAUUUGAAGUCAGUGAUGGGCAAUAAUCCAGUACUAUUCCUGUCGACUCACAGAAGCUAUGCAGACUUCUGUCUCAUGACCUACUUGUGUUAUCACUUUGAUAUUGACUUUCCUGCAGUGGCUGCUGGCAUGGAUUUCUACUCCAUGGCCGUAAUAGGGCGGCGCAUGCGGGAGACAUGCGCGUUCUACAUCCGCCGCACAUUGGCCGGCGAUCCGUUAUACGCAGCUACACUCAAGCAAUAUGUACGAACUGUAGUAGCCAAGCAUGCUGCACCCAUAGAGUUCUUCCUUGAAGGCACUAGGAGCAGAAGCAAUAAGAGUAUGCCUCCUAAAUAUGGUAUGUUAUCAAUGACCCUUGUACCCUACUUCGCGCACGAGGUGACGGACAUCACGGUGGUUCCCGUCAACAUCAGCUACGAUCGACUGAUGGAGCACUCACUGUUCGCGUACGAGCAUCUCGGAGUGCCCAAGCCGAAGGAGUCUACUGGAGGCUUCCUGAAGGCGCUUCACACAUUAAACGACCACUUCGGCAACAUAUACAUCAACCUCGGCGCCCCUCUCUCCAUAAGGGAAUUCCUCAAAAACGACACCUCACACUCCCAAGAAACGCUGAAACCUCUAGACAUGCAGCAACUCACUCCUGACCAGUUCAAACAAGUCCAAAGCAUUGCUGACUACGUCAUCACCUUACAGCAGAAAAAUACAGUUGCAACAAUCUCCAAUCUUCUUUCACUAGUAUUAAUGCAAAGUCUUAUGAAGAACGUGCCUUUGGAGUUUGAAGAAGUGCUUCAAGAAGUCGGCUGGAUGGUCCAGGAGUUGAGGAACUUGGGCGCAACAGUCUUCGAGAAUGAUGUAAGGAGUAGCGUGGAGAGGAUCCUGGUGGUGCAUCGGAAGAUGAUGAGGUUGGAUAAGGAGAGGCGGUUGAGACUGAUUUCGGGAGUUCUGGUGGAUUUGUCCAGUGAGGUCAAGAAGAAAAUGAAAGGUCACAUACUGCAAGCGCAGACGAUGGUGGCAGCAGUGCCGGUCAUCCAGCUGCAGUUAUACGUGAACCCCAUACUGCACUACCUGGUGCCGCCUGCCAUCAUCUGCCUCAUUGUGCAUAGAUCUGCUACCGGUAGAGAUCGGUUAGAAGCCGAUUACCACCGCGUAAGAAAGUUACUCAGUCACGAGUUCUUCCACUUGGAAAAGGAAGAACCUAACACAUUCGCCAGAGCAGUGGAGUACUGCAUACAAAACAGCGUUGUAUCGUAUAACGGUGAAUUGUACGCGUUGGGCGAGGACACGAAGCUGCAGUACUUGCUCAAAUGGUCAGUCUGGCCUGCGCUCACCUCGCUGCUGAAAUGCGCUCAAGUUAUGACUGAGCAAUCAAGUUGUGCCCACAAGCAAGCUCUGAAACUGGUACAACAGCGGGUAGAAAGUGAACGAGUGCACCCUUACUGCCUUAGCUUGGAAGCCACCGCCAACUGCCUCAAUGGACUCGUCGCAGCCAAUGCGCUUGUCAGGAAUAAAGGAGAGGGCGACAUCAUUUACGAAUUGGUGCCUCACACAAUGCAGGAGUGUAACAAACUAGUCAGUUCUAUUCUGCCUACAUUUAGCGUAGACUUCACGAAUAAUGCCGUCGUUGUAGACCAUAAGGCUUUAUCUAGACUUUAAUAAAACAUUUUUAGUGUUAAACUAGCGGACAAUAGAUUAUUACAACACAAUGGCAUACUUAAAAUUUGUAUUAUAGAAUUUUAUUUGUAUUUCCAAGUGUUCAAAAGUAUUGAAUUUUCGUCCAAUUCCAAGGACCCGUGGAUAAGAAUGAACCGCAAGAAGAUCGAUUUCGUAACUCUUGGUGGGGUCACCUCAUAAAUGCGUGUAAAGUAAUUCGCCGUAUCUAGCUAGACUUCCGUGAUUAUUAGGCACGGACAGAUUAAAUAAAUUGUGAGUAUUAGUUCCCACAAAUUAAAUUGUGAGAAAUAGACCUAAAUGCUUUUAUUUAGUAUACAUUUAUAUGUACUGACAAAAGCACAUAAAGCUUCUACUAUCUGUCAAAUUUCUUUGAUCGAAUUUUAACUUUAUCUCUAAAGCAUAAGGUUGAAUGUGGAUUGGGAAAAAUUGUCAGACGUGUACUUGUACAUAAAUGCAUUUUUUCUUUGCUUUUACUACGGGUGCAACAUUGCGGAGUCUCUUAUUAUUCGAGUGACAAUAUUGGUUACCACUAGUUAUUAACAUUGUAUUAUUUAUUUUAGCAUAAAGCCAGGUGUUUGAAUGAAUUGUUAUGUAAAUAUGGGUUCUGUAUAUAUUAAGUUCGUAGGAUUAGAAAUUUGUAUGCAAUGUUUGGAGAAAACAGGUAAAUGUUUCUUUUUAUCUUUGAUAUGAUAUAGAAGUACAUUUUAUUUGUUACCGCUAAUAAAUUUUGAAAUUAUUCUGUGAUUAUACUCAAAUAUAUUCACUGCAAUUAAUAUUUUAUCACCAUAUGUAUAAAUUGCUGUUAUGGCGAAGAUUCUAGUCUUAUUCACACUAUUGCUUGUACUUAUCUCUCAAACAAAUCUGCAGUAUCUAUUAAUUAUGUACUUGAACAUUUUUCAGUUAAAUUGUGAUAUUAUUUUGCCAAUUAUAUGCAAUAUUACAUUGUAAAUAUGUGUCAUUUCAUGACAAAAGGUACCUUAUCGACUUUGGCGCUUAAGUCAUUUAGAAAUACAAAUUGUACAAGUUUGCUUAGACUACAGAAACAUAAUGUCGUAAGUGCCAACACCCAUAAGGUACCUUUUACCGUGGACUGUCACAUAUGGGCGAUUAGAUUAGUUUAGUGUAGUUAGUAAAAUUUGGAUAAUCUUAAGGCGCAAUUGUCAACGCGAGGGAAUGUACUCAAAUGAUUCCGAGACAUUUCCAUGUAAUGACUCGACUCGUGACAUACCCUGGUUGUUGAACAGUACUUUUACAAACUUUUAUAAGUCAAUUGCGAGAAGUAAUUAAACUUGACAUUGUUAAUAAAGGAUAACUUGGUCAUUUGGACGCAAUUUUUUAGCAUACUCGAGUAUUUCCAUUUUGAGUAUUUAAAGGUAUAAACUUCCUACACUUCAGUAUAUUUACGCUUUUUUAACACUGACCUACAGUUAUUAUAAUUCGUGCAUUUGAAAUACUAAGUUUAUUUUUCAAUUCAGUAUUAUGCAUUCAAAUCUUAGUAUUAUUUUCCUCAGAAACGCCAUUUGCUAAAUAACAUUUGUUUACCAUUUCUUUGUAUCAAGUGUUAACUUUUGUACAUUGACAGUAUUUAUUCAGUAGUUGUUAUUUUAUGUUUGUGAUUGUAACGGCAUAAUAUUGUUACUGCCUCAUUAGUAAAAGGGAAGAUUCUAUA